ACUCCUAGUAAUUUCUAGUUUUUUUAAUAAUUGUUAGACACAAAACAGGACAAGAAAGUCUCAGCAAAUGUUGACACACACACAGUACACACACAAACGAUACUAGUAGUCUGGAAUAAGCAAGCAAAGCUCCUCUGACUAAAAUUCAAGGACCCCCCUUUCAUCCUUUUUCAUUUUUAGGGUUUCCAAGAUUUGAAUUUCCAGUAUAACUUGUUUUCAUCUGGCCUAAGAGUAACAACAAUCUUAAGAAUUGGUGGGUCUGCUACCUUCAGGAAUUUGCAUGACCUUCGCUGUUAAUCCCAUAGACUUGCUUUUAUAGUAGAAUGGCAACUGAAAGCCCUAUUAGAAUUACGGAAAGUAGUAGAACUUGGGCUUCUCUGAAGGGCACAUCUGGAUAUGGAUCAUCAUCUGCCAAUAUAGGAGGAAUUGAUGAACUGGGUUUGAUCCUAAACAGCCAAACAUUUCAAGGCAGUGGAAGGGCAUUGGUCCCCAGUCGGAGUGGGAGUGCUCCGCCUAGCAUGGAAGGUUCCUUUGCCGCUGCCAAAAAUAUUAUAGCCAACCAACAUUUUGAUUCGAGUGCUAGCCUGGCAAGUAUAAACAGUUCCAAAGACAGUCAUGUAUCAGGAGAAAACGUAUAUGCUGAUCCAGCUUAUAUUGCAUAUUUAUCCAGUGUCAAAAUGAACCCUAGACUUACCCCAACUCAGAUACCAAGUAACAAUAAGCGGCUGGUUCGCCAAAUUGGUACAGCUGGAUAUGAUAGAAGACUGACACCUUCUGGUGACUCCAGCCAUGGUUCCUUGUUAAUGCCUCAUGGUAAACUUCCCACUCACAGGGAAGAGACGGAGGAUGAUAGAGCAGCUCAGCUUACUUUUAGUAACUGGCCAGACAGGAGCACCCCUUUAGAAGUUCCAAGCCAACCAGACUAUGUAGCGGGAAUGACACAGGAAAAAUCCACUCAUAUCAAGUCGCCUGUACACAGGCAGGAGCUAUCUUUUAGCCUUAACUCUGUAGAGGAAGGAGUUACUCGGGACGCUGAUUCCUUUACACCUGUACUCAGUGCAGAUGAUAUGCAUAAAUCAUCAUACCCUGACCCAGCUUCUUCAGUCUCAAGCUCCUCAUCUCUCCCUAGUUCGAGGAGCACUUCAUCUAAGCUAGAUCAUGACAGACGACUAUCGAAUACAGUGGACUCUUAUUUAGAAGAUCACAACUCAAGUAGUAGCGUUACUCAUACAGUCCCUGCCGGCAUUGAUUCUAAUCUGAAUUCUUCUAGUAGUAGCAGUCCAAAUCAAAACCAGCAACAUAGUCGUCAACGUAAUGUGGUGCAAAAGCAAAUACCCCGUGAACAGAGAUAUAUGUCUGAAGUUCAAAAUUCCCAGUCGGAAAUGUCUCCUCAAGCAAUCAACCCCCCAUAUAUUGGUUCUAAUCAAUCUUUUCAUGUUCCCUCUAACUACCACAGCGCUGAGGUACACCCAGUAGCACAGUCGUCAAGAAUCGACCCUCCCUUGUAUGCAACAGCAGCAGCGGAGCAUAUGAAUUCAUCAUCCGUACUUUAUCAGAAUUUACAUCCAUCCAGUUAUUUCUCUCCUCAAUAUACACUAGGUGCGUAUACUUUUCAAUCAGAAGGUCUUUCACCAUAUAUAGCUGGAUAUGUUCCCCCAGCAGUUGUUCCAGUUGCUUUUGAUGCCAGUGCUCAUCCGCAUUUUAGUCCUCAAACUUCAUCAUUUAGUGGAAUAAACUCACAUGGAAUCAACUUUCCACAUUUUAAUAGUCACUAUGCACAAUUUGGGUAUCCCACACAACCUUCAAUUGAUUCUCUUCACAUCCAGUACUUUCAACGUCCUUUAGGAGAUGCCUAUGGUCUUCCUGGUCAGUUCGAUCAUCUGCGACCUAGACCCGCUGCCACUGGGAAUCUAAUAAAUGCAGUUGACUCGACGAAAGGGUCAGAGCUUUCUGCUUUCUCAGCUGAUCAAAAUUUUUGGAAUCAAGAAUGCAUGGGAAACAUCUAUCUGAACCCGGGAAGACCAGUUAUUCCUUAUUAUGUUGGAAGUCCAAGAGACACAGGUCACCUGCACUUCCCAGCUACGGCUGUUGCUAGUCCAGUCUUGCCAGGAUCCCCAAUUAAUGGAACUAGUUUUUUUAGUGGGACAAAUCAAUUGCGGUUCUCGCCACAUCUGGCUAGGAGAUCAGGCCUGACUUCGGGAUGGCCGGGUGCAAGGGGACCUGAUGGUAUUAAAUCAAUAUCAUUUCUUGAAGAAUUGAAAUCUGGUAAAGGUCGAAAAUUGGAGUUACCUGAUAUUGUCGGACAUAUAAUUGAAUUUAGUGGUGAUCAACAUGGGAGCCGAUUCAUUCAGCAAAAAUUGGAAAAUUGUAGUUUUGAGGAGAAGGAAUCUGUUUUUAGGGAAGUUCUGCCAUAUACUUCGAAACUGAUGACUGAUGUUUUUGGUAAUUAUGUCAUUCAAAAGUUUUUUGAAUAUGGAAGCUUGGAGCAAAGGAAGCAACUCGCAGGGCAACUUGCUGGGCAGAUACUGACUUUAAGUCUGCAGAUGUAUGGAUGUCGCGUAAUUCAAAAGGCUCUAGACGUUAUUGAGCAAGAACAGAAAGUAAAGCUUGUUCAUGAGUUAGAUGGACAUGUUAUUAGAUGCGUACGUGACCAAAAUGGGAAUCAUGUCAUACAGAAGUGCAUUGAGACUAUGCCGACCCAUCAGAUUGAAUUCAUAAUUUCUUCUUUUCGUGGUCAAGUUGCAAAACUUUCAACACAUCCCUAUGGUUGCCGUGUCAUACAGAGAGUUCUAGAACAUUGCACUGAUGACUUGCAAAGCCAAUUUAUUGUGGAUGAGAUUUUGGAAUCUGUUUGUUCUCUAGCACAGGAUCAAUACGGCAAUUAUGUCACCCAGCAUGUAUUGGAGAGGGGAAAAUCUCCAGAAAGACAUCUUAUUAUUAACAAGCUAUCAGGAAAUAUUGUACAAUUAAGCCAGCACAAGUUUGCAUCAAACGUUGUUGAGAAAUGUUUGGAAUAUGGCGAUUCUAAUUCAUUGGACAUUAUAAUUGGAGAGAUUAUUGGACAUGAAGAUGGAAAUGAUAAUUUAUUGACAAUGGUGAAGGACCAAUACGCAAAUUAUGUGAUUCAGAAGAUUAUUCAAAACUGUAGUGGUGAUCAGAGGGAAAUGUUGCUCGGCCGUAUUAAGACUCAUCUGAAUUCAUUGAAGAAAUACACCUAUGGGAAACAUAUUGUAGCUCGAUUUGAGCAGCUAUAUGGAGAAGAACUGAAAAAUGAGGAUCCUGAGAUCUCCGCUGAGUAACUUGGAAGGUUGUUUGUACAGCUGUUUGGCAUCGAAAUGCAGCGCCUCCUGAUCUAUUGGACAGGUUCACAGGACAGAGGCCGCAUGGUUGGAACUUGUUUUUACAGAACAAUAUGUUAAACUUGCUAUGAAAUUGAUGACGAGUUCUGGUGUAAAAUUGGUUAAAAUAAAUAACUUGCUUUGAAACGAUGUGCAUAUGUAUAGUGUCAGGGUUGAUGGAUAUGUUUCAAAUGACGAUGUGAUUUAUUUAGAGGCUCUUCGGUGUCCCAAGUAUAAACUAGUUCUUGUUCAUGUUAAAAAUAUUAUGUUUAAUUUUGUUUACAGAGAU